ACCGCUCCUCCAACUCAAGCAGCGGCAACAUUGUAGCGGAGAAACGCCAGUGGACGCGAAGCAACCCGAAGCAAUCCGAAGCAACUAGGGUAGCACCACGGAAUAGACCCCGUUAUAUUGUUGUGAUUUCCCCAUCUAGAUCGUAUUCUGUCAGGUCUGUCUCUGAAAAGUGAGUCGAUAGUGAAUCGAUACACCAUUGAGGAUGUCGGUGGCAGGGCUGAAGAAGCAAUUUCACAAAGCAAGCCAGCUGCUGAGUGAGAAGAUAAGUGGUACUGAAGGGACAAAGCUGGAUGAAGACUUCAUGGAGAUGGAGAGGAAAAUCGAGGUCACCAACAAAUCAGUGUUGGACCUCUUGUCCAAAACAACAGAAUACCUACAACCUAACCCAGCGUCCAGAGCCAAGUUGGGGAUGUUAAACACAGUGUCGAAGAUGAGAGGACAGGUGAAGACCACAGGAUACCCACAGACUGAGGGCCUACUGGGGGACUGUAUGAUGCGCUAUGGCCAUGAUCUGGGAGACGAGUCCUCCUUCGGCGGUGCAUUGGUGGACAUCGGUGAGGCCAUGAGGCAGAUGGCCGACGUGAAGGACUCUCUGGACAUCAGCGUCAAACAAAACUUUAUCGACCCACUCCAGAACUUACAGGACAAAGACCUCAAGGAAAUCACGCAUCACCUGAAGAAGCUGGAGGGGAGGCGGUUAGACUUUGACUAUAAGAAGAAGCGUCAUGGUAAGGUGCCUGACGAGGAGAUCCGCCAGGCGGUGGAGAAGUUUGAGGAGAGCAAAGAGCUGGCCGAGAGGAGCAUGUUCAACUUCCUGGAGAACGAUGUGGAGCAGGUGAGUCAGCUGUCAGCGUUGGUUGAAGCGGCGUUAGACUACCACCGCCAGUCCUUGGAGAUCCUAGAAGACCUCAACACCCAACUACAGACCAGGAUAUCCUCAGCCAGAAGUCGACCGAAGAGAGAGAUUAAACAAAAGUCCAUCAUGAGCAGCAUUGAGACCAUAGACAACACUCAGCACAAUGGACUAUCAUAUAGCUCCUCACACAAGUCCUCAGACAACCAGAUCAACCACACAGUAAAUGGAAAUGGGAAAACUGAUCCCUUCACCACCGUCCCCCUAUCCUGGCCAGAGAGUCCCACUUUCAACGGCCACCAGUUGGAGGUGCUGGACCAGCCGUGUGCCAGGGCCCUGUAUGACUUUGAGCCGGAGAACGAUGGCGAGCUGGGCUUCAAGGAGGGUGACAUCAUCAUCCUCACCAACCAGAUAGAUGACAACUGGUACGAAGGCAUGAUAAACGGAGACUCUGGCUUCUUCCCAAUCAACUAUGUGGAGGUUAUCGUACCCCUGCCCCAGUGAGACAGCACCGGACAGGACACCACCCAACCAGGGACCAACCUCCAGAGCACAAACCUCCUCACAGCCCCCCCUAGUCCCUAGUCCCUAUGUACCUGUGGAGAUUUGAGAGGAUUUUGCUGUUUUGAUCUGGGAGCUAUUUCCAUAUAGAUUGCACCUGUCGAAUCUGCUCAGAUCUCCACAAGUGCAUAGGGCGUAGGUUCUAGGGGUCGAUUUGGGAUUAGGCCACAGUGUCCAUUUCAUCAUUUCAUCCAAUCCCCACCCUCAAGCCUCCAGUCAUCAGCCCCCAGUCCCUACCCUUACACCCUCAGCCUUAGAAAGUCAGUACUGAAUCUCAAAUCGACCCUAUACCCUAGACACUUUUGUAGAUCUGAAAAGAUUGGACAGGUAUAAGCAAUGAAGUGGACAUUCUAACCAGUCUAUCAGAAGGCAGGGUGAAGCAAAUGUAAUAUUGUUAAUACCAAUCCAAUAGGCGUGUAUAGGGGUUAGAGGGUAUAAGGGUUUAUUUGGGAUUUCAGCACAACUCUCAGCAACAACAACUCUUAGCACAAACCUACGUCUAAUUUAUUGUCAAAUCUACAUCUAAUCGCUAGUCCCCAGACCACAACCCUCCAAUACCCCAGCACCCACACAGCACUUAGCCUCCAGCCCCGCCCCCAGCCCCCCGCCCCCAGCCCCCUAACCACAAACUCGAUGAAAUCGUCAUAUGAAAUUGAUCACAACACAGUUCAUCAACGUCCUCCUCAGAUGACGACGCCUUGCUUUUCACCACGGUCAUUCAAUAAGUGUUCCUCUUUUCUCUUUGUCUUUAAUAUUUAUUUUCUACAAUGUUCUUUUCAUGGUUUGUGAAAUGUGAAAAUCAGGGUUCCUCCCCCAAACAGACAAGACAACUAAAAGAAUCACCUGAAAAUCGCUGUGUAUGGGAAACCACUUUUGGGUUGAAAUAUUUUGUGGUUGUAAACUGAAGAAAAGUCAUGCCAGGUUAUCAAAGAUGAUGUUUUCUCAUCAUCCGCCACCAUGAGAAAACAAAAUCUCCUGGAGUCUCCUGGAAAAAUCCCCAUUGCUACUGUACGUCUCCGUUUGGUUUUCCUGUGUAACUUUUCUUCAAGUGUUGAUGUUGAGUUAGGAUUGGUCUUUUUGUUCCUUUUCUCUGCUGUUAUCUGUAGGGCCAGGAGUUAUGCCUGACCAUGUUACCUGACCAAGACAAACUCUGGUCCCUAGUUAUAGGUUAUUAUAGGCUAUAACGUGUCCAGAGUUGUUCCUGUUGUCUGUCUCUCUGUACCUCCCUCUGCCUGCCUGCCCGCCUGCCUGUUGUGCUCUUAAGUGUUACCCCAAACACAUAUUUUUAAACUGUAAGGAACUGAUUUUACAACUCUGAAUGUCCUUCUCUCUCUGUGUUUACAUGGUCUGGUCUUUCGGUGACGUAAAGACUCCUCUAAGGACUGUACCACUGUUCUGUGUCAGACAGGGGUGAAUGCCUUGACCCACUUGGACCGUUUAAGUCCUUUUAAAAUUGUCUGUAUUGCACUGAAGCUUUAGACUCGGAACGCGCACCUAUGGACAAGCACAUACUGUAUGUUUUCUAGCUUUCUCCUCGAGCAUUGCACUUUCUAUAUCCUUCACGAUGAGAAGAAAUACCUAUAUCAUGUCUGUAAAGUUAUCGCUAUGGUGAAUAUAUAGAUUGAUAUGGACCACGAUAUGUACUGUAUGCGAUGAAACAGUUUGUGCGCCAUGUAACGUUAGACCACCAUUGUAGAUUGUCUCAAAAUUAUAGACAAUAAAGGCACACUCUGUCACCUUUCUUUCCCCGGUGGUAGCACCACAAAGUACUUACACACAAACCAAACUAAAAUUGUUUGAUUCACAUCAAUCAAGCUCUUCUUUUUCUUUGUAAUUUGCACUUGCAAAGACUCUCAACCCUCCAAAACAAACAAGUGUUAUCUAAGGCCGCACAGGUGACCAGAAAUAGAAGCAAUGAAGUGUGCCUUUAAUGAGAUAUGCCUGGCUAGUAUCAUGUCUGAAGUCUGAUAACCCUGGGCUUAUUUAGGAAGUGCAGCAUUGCUCUGACCUGACCUUCUAAGUAACACAUCUCUACAUCCUGAUGGUUGGUUUUAAACUGACAAUAGCCCCUCUCUCUCUCUCUCUCUCUGCUGAGAAUGACAUUUAUCAGAGCCCUAAAAUAAGUAUUAUGUACUGUGUAUAUAUAGCUCUGGAGUUUAUAUGUUCACCAUUCAACAGAACGAAUAACUCCAGAAUGAUUGAACAACAACGCCAUAUCUGAAUCAUCAUCAUGUAUGGUCAUUUUUAUUUUAUUUAAAAAGCCACAUUCCCUCUACCCAAAAGUCUGGAUUGGGUAUUUCUACCAAAAUACACUUAAACAUUCUCAAUCGUCUUAUUUCGCUAAGUAUAACCCUUUCUGGACCAACUACACUAACUAAACAAGAAGGGGAAAUAUAGGACCAUGUCCAAAGGUGUCUAAAGGUAAUACUCUGUGUUGAUAUUGCUAGUGAAAAUGGAAAACCCUGUUUGCAUGGUUUCUUUUAAAAAGACUGUAGCCAUGGAUUUGAUUGUGAGAGAGAAAAAAACGCUAGAUAUUUUGUAGGAGGCAGCAUAAGAAAUGGAAAAACCUUCAAUUUGGAAGAGGAUUGUUCUAAAGCUCAACCCUUCUGUUCUGUAAUAGCCUGCUGCUUUCUUAAGGUGUCUGUCUGAUGGUCGACAGGUGUGUGUGUGUGUGUGUCCGUCCCAUUUGGGACAAAGCCACUGUGUCAUGAUUGAGAUGACACUUUCCCAACACUAUAGCUGAACUAAAUGUCCAUCUCCACUGUUAGCUCUCUCUCUGCUUUACUUAACCAGCUCUGAAACCACUCUGUUCAGUAUCACUUCACCACAAAGUUAGUCAAUGGACACUGGCUGUUCAUACUUUAUGACGUCCUUUUUCGUCUUUUAUUUUUUUUUGUAACAUAAUCUAUACAAAAGGUGUUUUAUGGAUGUUAUAAAUGAAUAUAUUAAUAUGUACUGUAUAUUGCGUAAAUAAAUGAAAAGCAAAUACUGA